CGUCGAAAUGGCCAAUCAAAGACCCUGCCCACAGUGAAGACAGCCAAGAAGCCGAAGAAGCCGAAGGAUUCUCAGAGAGAAAGCCGCAUCCAGACUGCUCUUUUCGCAAAAAAGUAUAAUAUUGCAAAUUCUACACUUGCUGCUUGCUGGAACAACCAGACCAAGUCUCGCGCAGAGGCAGACACCGAUUGCCAGUUCCUCAGUCCUGCAAAGGAACGCGUUCUGGCCACAUGGAUUGAGUACUUGGGAUGCAUUGGUGUUCCCCUGUCGAAGAGGGCUAUACGUUUGCGAGCUGCACAACUUCGGUCUGACCGAAAGAAGCCCUCCCGAAACUGGAUCCCCCUCUUCCUUGCAAGACAUCCUGAGAUCAAGCUAGCGACCGCGCACGGUCUUGAUCCAAAACGAGCGCAGGCUUUCAACAAGCCCGUGGUCGGCCGAUACUUUGAUAAGCUGGAGGAGCUGGUCCAACGAUACGAUAUCCCCGUCGAGAAUAUCUACAAUAUGGAUGAGAAGGGCUGUCAGCGAGGAGGUGGAAAGAAGACUGCACGUGUCAAGUACUUCUUUGGACGGCAACAGCGCACACGAUAUCGCCAUCGGAGUGCAAACCUAGAGCUUGUUACAAUUCUCGAGGCUGUCUGUGCUGAUGGCUCGUCACUGCUCCCUGGUUUCGUGUUUCCCGGAGUCGAGCAAUCCCCAGAAUGGUUUGACAAAGACCUGGCUAUUCUCAUUUGCAUGUCAGCCACAGGUUGGACAGACAAUCACAUUUCUGUCCAAUGGUUCAAGAAGUGCUUCAUUCCACAAGCGAAAGCAUGGGCCAAAGAGAAGGGCACCAAUGAUCAGCCAAUUCUGCUUGUUCUCGAUGGACAUGGCUCACAUGAAGCUCUCGAGCUCAUUGAUCUGGCCCGCGAGAAUAAUAUCAUCCUGCUCCUCCUCCCUCCCCACACCACGCACAAGCUCCAGCCAUUGGAUGUUGGCGUCUUUGGUCCGUUCUCGCGUGCAUGGACUGAGAAAUGUGAUGAUGUUGUCGACGACACCACAAAGGAGAUGCCUAAGGAGGACUUUGUCAAGCACUACAUGGAUUUUGAGCCGUACACACCUUUCCAGCUGCCAGCAGACCCAGAUGACAAGGAUCAUUGGAGCAGAGACUUCUUUGACGAAGACGACCCAGAGUAUGAUGCUUCUGAUGUGGAUGCGCGACCAUACAAUCCAGUACUUGACCAUCCUCAGGCUGGAGCCGAGCUUCCACCGCUUACUCCGACACUAUUCGCUUCUCCCCCUCCGUGCCAAAACUCCAAUCUUCCUUCGAUCAUGCCAUCGAAUUUCUAUUACAAUGCGGCGCUGUUCGAGCGUAUCAAGGAUCUCGAGACGCGAAUGCAUGCAAUGGAGGCCCAUAUGACCUUGUUAGACACACGCAGUAAUCAGCCCAGCAAGAAAAGGAAGCUCAACGUUGAUGCACGGUGCCUGACAUCGGAGGAGGGACGGGAGUUGGCGGCGCAGCAAGAGGAGGAGCGUUCGGCAAAGGCUCAGGAGAAGGCAGACAAUGCGGCCCAAGCCAAAAAGAAGGAGAUCGACGCCGUAGUGCGGAGGCAAACAAGAGACGCAAACGAGCCAUUUGUUGGUCUCCUGACAAGUCGCAGCAAAGAGCUGCUUGUCGAUGUUGCCUUCGAUCUCCAGCUGCCCCAGGAGAAGCUGAAGCUCAAAGCCGACUUUCUCGAAGCCAUGCGCCAGCACUUCGACAAAUUUCCCGAGAAGCGCAGUCACCCCAAGUACUGUAAGGGCAACCUCGAGGCCCGAUCUCAGAGUCCUGACAAGGGAGAGUCCAAAGUGUCAGAUGAGGGGAUCGACUAG